UUGCUUGUAUGUAAAACAAUAUUAAUUAGAAAAAAGCCAUUGAAAGAAUGGUUGGAGAAGCAGCAAUAGAAAAGAAACUAUAUGAUGCUGCAAGAAAGGGAGAUUUAUCAACAUUCCAACAACUGCUGCAAGAAGAUCCACACCUUCUUGAUGCCGUUUCAUUUCCAUUUUCGAGAAAUGUAUUACCCAUAGCAGUAAUUUAUGGACAAGUGAGCAUCGUGGAAGAGGUGUUGAAGAUCAACCCGCGGCUAGCUCGGAUUUCAGACUCCCAAAAAUCGUCGCCUCUUCACAUUGCUGUAGAAGAAGGGAAGCUCGAAAUGGUCAAGAGAUUGCUAUCAGUAGCCCCAGAGACGUGCUGGUGGCGUGACGAUCAAGGGAUGAACGCGGUUCACGUUGCGGCUGUGAGAGGGCGAGUUGAGAUCUUGGAGGAGAUGCUUCAGCUGGAUUUGUUACCUGCAAUGGAGAGACUUCAUCGCGGGCAGACUGUUCUGCACUUGUGCGUGAAACAUCGUCAGCUUAGCACAUUGAAGGUUUUGGUGCACAAGUUUGAUGAAUUUGUGGGUGCGAAGGAUGAUGAUGGGGAGACUCUGUUGCAUUUGGCUGCAAGGUCCAAUCACGAAGAGAUUACACGAUACUUGGUGCUAAGCGAUAAAGUAAGGGAGUUUAUAACAAUGGAUUCCAUCAACAAAAUAUUCUUGAACGUGAGACCUCGAGACCCAAGUGCGACGUAUCCAGAAAAUAAGAGAGUCUUAGAAAUAUUUGCUGCUGGCAAGUCAACGCUCGAAACCUUGCCUAAGUUGACCGACAUGACGAUGGUGGUGGCGGUGCUGAUAGCCACCAUGGCGUUUCAGGCCGCCGUCAGCCCCCCGGGCGGCGUGUGGCAGGACGACACGUCGCCGCACAGCGCCGGCCGAGCGGUGAUGGCGUAUACUCAUCCCACGAUGUACAAACACUUCGUUCGUGCCAACACCACAGCUUUCAUUUCGUCUCUCGUCACGAUCCUCCUCAUCGCCACCGGAUGGCCGUCGCGGAACUUCGUCUUCCAGAACAUCGCCGCGUUCGCGGUGGGGCUGUCGAUGGCGUCCAUUGGAGUGAGCUAUGGAGCUUCGUUGAUGAUGACUAAUCCCAUGGAAACACUAUCGAUUGGCCAUAUUGCCGCCGUAGUAAUCUCUGGCUUCCUCAUCGUCUACUUAUUGAUAGGGGUCUACGUCCCUAUAGAGGGCUUCGUCUUGUCGUGGAUCAGAAAUGGACUAAGGCGUCACGACUUCUGAAACCAUCGCCUCAGGGGCAUUUACUUUGAAUCAUCGCCUCAGGGGCAUUUACUUUGAAUGAUUAGCCUUUAUAGAUAAAAAUAGUAAAUUUAACCAUUUGCUUUGAUGGAUUGAAAUUUCGGGAUAUUUUAAGGCCCUUGAUUAUUUUUAUAAUUUGAGCUAGUUUUACUUGAUUCAUAUCUCAUUGAGAAAAGCAAGAUUGGAGAAAACUCCUACUUUUAAGGAUAAAAAUAAUUAAUCGC